AGACCCCCCCCUUUCCCAGUCUGCUGGGUCCCUCCUCACGCCACCAGGUCCCUCCUCUCCCCCGCCAGACGCCCCCUCCUGACCGGGUACUCCUCACCCACCCACACAGCGGGUCCCUCCUCAUCCCCCUUCCCUGCAAGACCCCUCCCAGCCCGCUGAGUCCUGCCUCACCUCCCCCUCCCGGGCCAGACCUGCCCCCACCUGCCGGGUCCCUCCUCGACCCCCCUCUCCCGCCAGAGGCCCCCUCCUUCCAGGUCCCUCCUCACCACCCCUCUCCCCCGCAAGCCCCUCGGGGCACUUCUCACCCGCUGGGUCCCUCCUCAUUCGUCCUCCCCCAUGAGACUUCCUGCUGGCUGUGUCCCUCCCAGGAGAGGAGAGAUGGGAUGAAGGGGAGGGGGCGAGGCCUGGGGCUGGAGAGGUGAGGCAGGGAGCUAGCCUCACUCAGGGGAAGCUUCAUCCUCCACCCACACUUUCCCUGUCUGUGCUACUUCCCUCUCAAAUGCUGAUAGAAAUUCCCUCUAGUGCUUCCCUUUUCUCUCUCAUUAUCACCUAUGAAGUGUUUUCCCAGUGUGACAGAAUCUAGGAUGUCCAUCUGCAGGGAAAGGGAUUGGGGGAAUUCUGAUGUGAAAUGAACUAAAGCCUGUUCUGAGACCUCCACAAUUGCCCUUCUCGCCCUGCCAGGCUGCAGAAUGAUGCCCACAUGUUGCUCCAGCUAAUCCCGUCCUCCCAUGGGACAGGAAAGAGAAAUGGCUGCAGAGGAGCCAGUUCAGGGGCCGGUGACCUUCGAGGAGGUGGCUGUGUAUUUCACCAGGGAAGAGGGGACUCUCCUGGACCCCACCCAGAGAGCCCUCUACAGAGACAUGAUGCAGGAGAACUAUGAGAAUGUGACCUUGCUGGGGUUUCCUGUUUCCAAACCUGACGUGAUCUCCCAGCUGGAACGAGGGGAGGAGCCGUGGGUCCUGGAUCUCCAGGGCUCUGAGGAAGGAGAGAUCCUGAGAGGCGCCUGCGCAGAAGGUGCUGGGAUGGUGAGUGAGAACGAGGAGCUGAAUCCUGAGCAGGAAGAUGCUGAGCAAGUGGAAACACACGGGGGAUUAUUGCAAGGAUCCCAAGGGAAUGUGUCCAGGCUUCAUGUGCAGGGAAAAGCCUGUGAGAGUCAGCACAGGCCAGAGAGGCAGCAGGGAAACCAACCCUUGAAGAAAGUGGGCAAAUCCAUUAAUUGUCAGGGGACUCACCAGAACUCCAAGGAAAUCACAGCCCAGCAGAGAAUACCCACAGGAGAGAGAAAAAACACAUGCACUGAGUGUGGGAAACACUUCACUCUGAACUCCACCCUCGUUAGACAUCAGCGGAUCCACACGGGAGAGCGCCCCUACAAAUGCUGUGAGUGCGGGAAACAGUUCAGUGAGAAAUCAAACCUUAUCACACAUCAGACAAGCCACACAAGAGAGAGACCUUACGAGUGCUGUGAGUGCGGGAAAAGCUUCACUCAGAACUCAUCCCUUACUAGACAUCAGAGGAUCCACACAGGAGACAGACCCUAUGAAUGCAGUGAGUGCGGGAAGAAGUUCACUCUGAGCUCAUUCCUUAUUAAUCAUCAGAGAAUGCACACAGGAGAGCGCCCCUAUACAUGUGGUGAGUGCGGGCAAACGUUCGCUCAGAGCUCAGCCCUAUUUAAACAUGAGAAGAUCCACACGGGAGAGCGCCCCUAUGAAUGCUCUGAGUGCGGGAAACAAUUCAUUGAGAAAUCAACAUUUAUUAAACAUCAGACAAGCCACACAGACAAGAGACCCUACGAGUGCUGCGAGUGCGGGAAAAGCUUCACGCGGAGCUCAUCCCUUAUUAGACAUCAGAGGAUCCACACAGGAGAGAGACCGUAUAAAUGCUCUGAGUGCGGGAAAAGUUUCACUUUCAAAUCAAACCUUAAUAUACAUAAGAGGAUCCACACAGGAGAGCGCCCCUAUGAAUGUUGUGAGUGCGGGAAACAGUUCACAUGGAGCACAGCCUUUCUUAAACAUCGGAGAAUCCACACAGAAGAGGAGCCCUAUGAAUGCUGUGAGUGUGGGAAAACAUUCCCUCAGAGCUCAGCCCUUCUUAAACAUCAGAAAAUCCACACAAGAGAGAGACACUAUGUGUGCUGUGAGUGUGGGAAAAGCUUUACUCGGCGCUCAUCCUUUAUUAGACAUCAAAGGAUUCACACAGGAGAGAGACCGUAUAAAUGCUGUGAGUGUGGGAAAAGCUUCGUUUUCAAAUCAAACCUUAAUAAACAUCAGAGAAUCCAUACAGGAGAGCGCCCCUACAAAUGCUGUGAGUGUGGGAAACAGUUCAGUGAGAAAUCAAACCUUAUCAUACAUCAGACAGGCCACACAGGAGAGAGACCCUAUGAGUGCUGUGAGUGCGGGAAAAAGUUCACUCAGAGCUCAGGCCUCUUUCAUCAUCAGAGAAUGCACACAGGAGAGCGACCCUACACAUGCUGUGAGUGUGGGAAAAAGUUUACGCAGAGAUCAGGCCUUAUUAAUCAUCAGAGAAUCCACACUGGAGAGCGCCCCUAUGAGUGCUCUCAGUGUGGGAAAAAGUUCACUCAGAGCUCAGGCCUUAUUAAUCAUCAGAGAAUCCACACUGGAGAGCGCCCCUAUGAGUGCUCUGAGUGCGGGAAAACGUUCCCUCAUAACUCAGCCCUUAUUAAACAUCAGAGGAUCCACACAGGAGAGAAACCAUAUGAGUGCUGUGAGUGUGGGAAAAGCUUCACUGAGAAGUCAUCCCUUAUUAGACAUCAGAGGAUCCACACAGGAGAGAGACCAUAUGAAUGCUGUGAGUGUGGGAAAAGGUUCACUUUCAAAUCAGACCUUAAUAAUCAUCAGAGGAUCCACACAGGAGAGCGCCCCUAUGAGUGCUGUGAGUGCGGGAAACAGUUCACUUGGAGCACAGGGCUUACUAUUCAUCGGAGAAUCCACACAGGAGAGCGACCCUAUACAUGCUGUGAGUGUGGGAAAAAGUUCACUCAGAGCUCAAGUCUCAUUAAUCAUCAGAGGAUCCACACACGAGAGCAGCCUCACGUCUGCAUUUCAUGUGGGAAACACUUCACUCUGAUCUCCACCCUCGUUAGACAUCAGCGGAUCCACACGGGAGAGCGCCACUACAAAUGCUGUGAGUGCGGGAAACAGUUCAGUGAGAAAUCAAACCUCAUUACUCAUCAGACAAGCCACACAAGAGAGAGACCCUACGAGUGCUGUGAGUGCGGGAAAAGCUUCACGCGGAGCUCUACCCUUACUAGACAUCAGAGGAUCCACACAGGAGACAGACCCUAUGAAUGCCGUGAGUGUGGGAAAAAGUUCACUCAGAGCUCAGUCCUUAUUAAUCAUCAGAGAAUGCACACAGGAGAGCGCCCCUAUACAUGCUGUGAGUGCGGGCAAACAUUCGCUCAGAGCUCAGCCCUAUUUAAACAUGAGAAGAUCCACACAGGAGAGCGCCCCUAUGAAUGCUCUGAGUGCGGGAAACAAUUCAUUGAGAAAUCAAAAUUUAUCAAACAUCAGACAAGCCACACGGGAGAGAGACCCUAUGAAUGUUGUGAGUGCGGGAAACAGUUCAGUGAGAAAUCAAACCUUACUAAACAUCAGACAAGUCACACAGACGAGAGACCCUACGAGUGCUGCGAGUGCGGGAAAAGCUUCACACGGAGCUCAUCCCUUAUUAGACAUCAGAGGAUCCACACAGGAGAGAGACCGUAUAAAUGCUGCGAGUGCGGGAAAAGCUUUGCUUUCAAAUCAGAUGUUGUUAAACAUCAGAGGGUCCACACGGGAGAGCGCCCUUAUGAGUGCUGUGAGUGCGGGAGACAGUUCAGUCAGAAAUCAAACCUUAGUGCACAUCAGAGAGGCCACACACAGCAGAGUCCCUUUGAGUGCUGUGAGUGUGGGAAAAAGUUCACUCAGCGCUCAGGCCUUAUUAAUCACCAGAGAAUCCACACAGGAGAGCGCCCCUAUACAUGCUCUGAGUGGGGGAAACAGUUCAGUGAGAAAUCAAACGUUAUUAAACAUCAGACAGGCCACACAGGAGAGAGACCCUAUGAGUGCUGCGAGUGCGGGAAAAGGUUCACUCAGCGCUCAGGCCUUAUUAAUCACCAGAGAAUCCACACAGGAGAGCGCCCCUACACAUGCUGUGAGUGUGGGAAAAAGUUCACUCAGAGCUCAGGCCUUAUUAAACAUCGGAGGAUCCACACAGGAGAGAAACCCUAUGAGUGCUGUGAGUGCGGGAAACACUUCACUGAGAGCUCAUCUCUUAUUAGACAUCAGGGGAUCCACACGGGAGAGAGACCAUAUGAAUGCUGUGAGUGUGGGAAAAGCUUCACUUUUAAAUCAGACCUUAUUAAUCAUCAGAGGAUUCACACACAAGAGCAGCCUGUGAAUGCAGGAAAAGUUUCAUCCGGAGCUCACAACUUAACAGACAUCAGCGAUUUCACAGGAUAGAGACACGCCAUAAACACUUUGUGCAGGGCAGAGAAAAGAUUGUUUUAAAGCCAUUUGCAAAUUCCAACAAAGGGACUUUUUAGGGCUGUUUGCACCAUUUGCAUCACCCUGUUCUCUCAGCUCCCCCAGGUGAGUUGCCCUGUGCCCUUUGCAGGUCACCGUUUUCUGGGGUGAAUCCCAUGGUCCUUUCUACCAACUCCGUUGUCCUGUGGGUCAUGGGAGUGUGUGUCACUCUGGCCAGGAGUGUCCAUCAGCCUCAUGUGGGGUUAAUAGGGGUGACCUCAGGUAGGAGAAAUCUAAAAUUGACCUAGGCUUUGCCUCCUCUAAGAUUUUCCAGCCUGCUGGAGGUAGCUAUCCUAAUGUAAACACCCCGCUAGAUGUGCCGUGCUGACAGAGCCCAGGCACAGGGGUCGGGGUUACCUAGCACCUUCCCCUUUGACCUGUCCUAGUCAACACCAAUUUUCAUACUUGAGACAAGCCCUGAGCGGCACUUUUAUACUCUUACCGCACUAGCAGAGCGAUUGUUAGUCACCAAGUUUCUCCUUUUGGCGACAGAUUGUCUCAUUCCCAGUUGUUCUCACGCUGGUCCAGGUUGGGCUGGGGGGCAGGUUGUUUUCUUUUUAUCAUUUCCCUUAAUGAGAAUCUAUUUCAAUAUAAGGAAGAGGAGGAGCAGGACUGGGACAAAUGUAUCAUUUUGGCCUCUAUGACACUGGAAGGAAAUGGGGUGAGUCGUCGGGAUUACCUCCUUCCCCAUUGCCGUCACUAGGCCUGCUCACUCCAGCAGCUGGGUUCUGUCUGAGCCACAAUGGAGUUUUAUCCACCUCUGUUCUACCCCUCCACCUCCCACAGAGUCUCUGCACUUUGUAGCAAAUUGAUCCUAAAUCCGACUUGUUAGGGCUGGAGAUGAAGGUGUCCCAGACCUGGAUGGGGAAUUUCCAUGGAUCCCAAACACAGUGUGAUCAUUCUGAGUUUAAAUCCCAGUUUCUGUCUAUUGACAGAGCCACUUCUGGACAUUUUCCUGCUGAGCUGGGAUCGUUUGCACACGAGAAGGUCAGCAAUUUUUCCCAAUUACGAUGAUGCUAAUUUUCUUUUUUUGUCAAUAACACAAUUUCAUAAUAAUGAAGUGCUGUGGAGUGAAGCCGGUUUGAAUGGAUCGGAGGAGAAAGUGACGGGGGAAUCUGCUCUCCUGGUUUUUGAGUUAUUGGCUGUAACCUGCUCUAGAAUUUAAUUUUAUAUGAAAUUGAAACUGACUCAUACAGAGCUAGCUGAGUGAUGUUAAGAAUAGUUUAGGUUUAGUGAGCUGUGUUCUUCACUUUAUUUGUUUUAUACAUUUCAUUAAAAUGAACAAAGAGA